UGUCUUCGCUUACUAUUGCUCUAACUAAUGCACGGAUAACAACUUUGCUAGUGCAUUGCUGCUUCAGUGGCUCGUGUUGAUCAUUCUGCUGGGUGUUUUACGAUAGUUUCGUGGCUGACCUAUGAGUUUUGCGCCUGGUUAACGUGCAGUGCCAAUGUGUUGGGUGGUGAUUUGAAUAAACUCUCCGCAAUUGUCGUAUUUGAUGACAAAAUGAGCAUUGAAACGGUUUCUUUCUUUGAUUGGGCCAACGGUCAUGGUGCUUCUCUAUGGAAAGCCAUCGCACAGAACUUCAGUCAUCCGGAUGCGUUCGGUCCUAAUAAACCAGUGCCAGCGACACGAGCAUACCGUACCGUUCAGGAAAAUCGAAUCGAUCUACUACUCUCUCCUGUUCAGCUUGGCUUCAUAUCUGGAUUAAUUUUGUUUAUGUUUUUAAAGCAUAAAAUAGGCCGUUGGAGAGAGGAACAUAAUCACCUGAAAUUCAGUAGUGCAACCACCGAUAUUCGACGAGUAAUUUACACUUUGUUCACUUUCCUGGAGUUCUUAUUACUAUCUCCACUUUUAAUAAUCGUUGUACUAAUUUUUAAAUCCUAUCGCAAUGGAGUAGGAUUUGUGCUUCGAAAGCGACAUGGUAAACAUUUCAAGGGUUUACUCGAUGGGGCAGACGUUGUAUGGGCAAUAGAAGAUCAAAACUCUCGUGGAAUGAUUAAUAUCCUGGCACACAUUGAACAGCCGCUCCUGGAUCAUAACACUGCAAUUAGUGCAGAAAUUUUACUUACCCUACGUAAACGCAUCUCUUCACGACUUAUGCGACAGUAUCAGCCUCACUCUAAAAUGUUUUGGAAACGAUGCGUAGAACUGGGUUACUAUUUUUGGUCAGACCAAUCCCAGCUCACCAUCGAAGACUAUAUACGAUAUCUGGAUCUUAUCCCCGCGAAUGGCGAUAAUUCUUUUAUCGAGGAAUCACAAUUAAGGGCACUUCUCAGUGCUAUCAACAAUCGCAAGCUUCCGGCUAACCACUCUUCCUCCUGGGAAGUGCUUGUUGGACGACAGCCGUUACUGAAUAAAAGCAACCAAAUGCUCCAAUAUCCCAUAAUAUUCCGUGUUCACCAUUCGUUGGGUGAUGGUGUGGCGCUAAUGCGUUUACUCUUGGAAUCUAUCGCCGAUAAGGAAGUACCAACGCGCUGGAAAUAUUUAUCCAAACUAAAGCUGCUCAAUAUUAACUAUAUCCUCAAACAAACAUCGAACGUUUAUAGUAUUUGCCGUCCAAAACUGUAUUUGACUGGGUUGGUGAAAAGGCUUCCAUCCAUAUCCGAUAUUGUAGAGCAAGUGCAACGAUUGAAACGUAUCAUAUUCACCAUUUACACUGCGCCAGCCUUUUUUCUCGACGUUUCGAGACGACAAGUAGACGACAAUUGCAUUCAUUCGACAGAAAUUGCAGAUGAAAAAGUGGUCAGCUGGAUACACGAAGAAAACAUUCAGGAUAACAGCGAGGCAACGAUGGUCGAUAUCAUCAAGCGAACCAAACGGCUUUUACCUGGUGCACGAUUCUCCGACGUUUUUCUCACGGCCUUGUCCGCUAGUUUGGAGCAGUACUUUAGCACACGAAGUGAAGAUCCACCUCAAAGCAUUACAGUAGUUUUACCGGCAAGAAUUGAACAGGAACCUUCUCAUUUGAAGCUGCAAAAUCGUUUCUCAGUGGCCUUACAAACGCUACCCAUUGAGUGUGGAAUCGAUUUAGAAGAUUCAUUUCGGCAUAGAAAUCUCCGGAACCGAAUACUUGCCGUUAAGCGAUAUUCAGACGUUUUGCGAUCUUCGUCCGACUAUAUGAUUAAUUACUGGAUAAUUUCAAAAAUGACGUGUCUCUUUCCCGAAGCCAUACUGCGGAAGAUUCUUAAAAGCGCACACAGUACACUAGCAAUCUCCAACCUACCAGGACCACAGCAGUUACCUAGGAUACAGGGACGAGAGCUGAAAAAUCUUAGCUUCUUUAUCCCAAAUUUGGGCACCACAGCCGUUGGGAUAACACUUCUAACAUACGGAGGUAAAAUGCAGCUAGGCAUAUUGGCUGAUCGGGCAGUCAUAUGUACUGAAGACGAGGCACACAGUAUUCUGCAAGGUACGAUACAGGAGCUGAAAAAGAUGGGUGACUUACUAGCGGAAGUGUAAUUUUAAACUGGUGUUACAUUUAGCUUUUGCUCCUUAAUUUGCCUGAUUUUUCGUUGGAAACAAAAUAAAACACUUUAUGGUACAUAACACUGGUUCCGCAUUUGAAAGAUGA